CGGUUGCGAAACGUAUAUUGUAAAUACUUCGUGUCAUCCAUAUAACAUAACAUGGUCUUCAGUAAACAAUGGCUGAAGAAAAUGGCGUACCGAAUAAUAUCGUAGAAAAUAUUCUUACAAGACUGGAAUUAGGCCAUGACUGGACGUACUCUCUUCGCGCAUUUCUCCCCAAGAAACUGGUGAAAGAGAGGUCAGGCGUUUUUUUACUGGAAGAAGAACUUCUUCAACAUCACAAGCAUCGUCUUCCAGGCUUGCAACCGGGAGACAAAAUUCAACCUAUCCAAAUAACAGAAAUUUUGUACGGAGGCACAAUUUUCAAGGACAACGUCCUUCAAAUGUUGGUCGCAAGAAAGCUAAGGAACCUAAAGUCAAAGCCAUCGAUAACAGGACCUUCAUGCGUGACUUGGUACUGCUUGACGGACCUUCCAUUCUUGUUGUCCCACGUCAGGGAGCGCGUCUGUAUUUAAUGGAGAGAGAGCAUGUGAUAUCAGGAUGUAGAUUCACUAGAGGGAUGAAUGCAGCACAAGUAGAGAUCACCAUAAUGGAGGCGUUUGAUGGAAAGGUUCCUCCAGGUGUUGAUAUCGAAAUACUGAUGUCCAUGCAUACAUCUUUGGUUGCUCCAACUUUGGCACCUGGGCAACAGGGCAUUGAUGGGGCAAUACUGCAGCGGCUGUUUCAAAACAAACCAAUUUAUAUUCGUCCAAGUGAACAAAUAAUUGUGUCUACACCUGGACAAAAACCUAUAUCACAGAAGGGAAACAAUCAAUUUAAUGAGGAAAGUCCUAUUGAUUUAGAAAUGGAAGAUGAAAAUGUCUUUAGAUAUUUUAUGGGCAGAGGAUGGUACAGUAACACCAUCGGUGGCACAUGGUAA